AUGUCAUUAAAACUUGUGAAAAAUAUAAUUGACCUUGCUGUGGCUGUUAGUCAUGCAAUUUACCAUUGUGAACUGUGUCAGACGGUCAGUUUUCCUGGCAUUAAAAGGAAGUGUCUUCAGUGUGGGAUUGAUGUGUGCAUGACUUGUUUUGAGGAGAAGAAACCCAGCAACCAUGGUCAACAUCAAGUCGGUCAUCCUCUUCAAUUGGCAAUGACCAAAGAACAAUUGACGUUAUUUUAUGGACCAUGCGUACUGUGGCCUGGACCUCCACUGACUUGUCCAUUUUGUGGCAAGAUGCGUAAGGACAAGUUGGACAUGGUCAGGCAUAUCGUUUUCCAUCAUUCUAAAGAGAAAAUUUCAGUGCUCUGCCCACUCUGCAUAGCUGAGGAAGAAAUGAAACCAUCGACCAGAAAUAGCAGCGGCAGCAGCAGUAACGUCAUGUUUAAAUAUCACGAGUUUCAGGAGCACUUUGACAAGGUCCACAACAUCUACUUGGGUAAUCACGAAGAGGAUGACGACGAUGAUGACGACGACGAUGAUGACGAUGGUUAUAACUUCGAUUGUUAUCGGCAUGGUGGAGAUGACGACGACGAUGACGACGACGAUGAUGACGACGAUGGGGAGCUUAAACGCCGAAUUAGAAUCAAGUUGAAAUCAAAAAAAUCAAGCUCUAACUCUGGCAGUGCAACAAAGGUGUCUAAGCAGAAUGCGACAUCAUCACUGAACAAUAGUAACACAAGAGCUGCUAGAGCUAAUAAUAACACUCCACCCUACUUAGAGAACUCCAUUGCUAACUUAAUACACGACUACCUAACUGGCCAGGAACCAGGGCAGUCAAGUAGAAGAAUGUGGUUCGGCGAGGUGGGCGUCAAUGAAGGUUGUGAUCAUGAUAACCCUGGUGGUACAACAGCUUCUGCUGAUGUUAACGAUGAGAAUAGGCCUCGACUGCGAAGACAUAAUGCCAUGAAACGCUGGAGCAACAAUAACCAUUCCAGUGGCAACACGACGUCCAGGACGACAAUCACAACAACUACAACAUCGGCAACUUCAUUGUCAACGAGGUCUUCAACAACAACAACGACGACGACAACCGCAGCAGCGGUGACGACAACCACGACAUCAACAACGACAGCCUCUUCUUCUUCUUCAUCAUCUCACACGUUAGGCUCGUACAUACCACGAAUUCUUCACGACUACCUUGAAAAUCGAAACCCAUCUGCAAAUGUCAGCGGUUGGAUAGGUGGUGAACAAAGAUCCAGCUUCUUAAACGACUUCAUAGCCAUGUUUGCUGACCACGACGAUGAUGAAGAUGAUUGGCUCGUUAACAGUGACCUCCAAGAAGGUGAGUCAACCCAACAAGGUAACAACAGUGGAGAAAGUCGAGGGAGAGGGGUGGGAUCUUAUUUGAGGGGAAUUGUUGGGAGUGAUCAUACCAGUACCACAAUCACCAGAUUACCUGAUCGUGAGAUGUUCAGACUUUUCUCAAAUUCCCAUCCAAAUCCAAGUUCUGAAUCGAGAACAACAACAACAACAACAACCUCUAUCUCGACGACAACUUCCACCACCACAACCAGAGUUACAACAGCUGCUACAACAACUACUACUACAACAGCAGCUGCUGCUGCAUCAGCUUCUUCGACUUCAGCCACAGCCAUGAGGGCAGCAGUCUCGAAAAUUCAGCAAACGUUGAGCAAAAGAUUGUUCAACAGAGGUAGAAACAAUGAAAGUCAAGCGGCCCUUUCAUCCACCACCAACAACAAUGCCACCAGUAAAGUAGGCGGAGCCAAAACUAGCAAGGGAGGUUCAACAAAACGUCAAUCAAACGUUUCCAAAUCACAGAAUUCUAGAAGGUUUUGGAGGGAGUUUCAUUACGAAGAUGAAUACGCUGAUAAUAACUACGAAGAUGAAUAUGUUGAUAACAACUACGAAGAUGAUGACGAUGGCGGCGAUGAUAAUGACGAUGAUGAUGAUGACGACGAUGAUGGUGGGGAUGAGUACUGUAAUGAUCUGAAUGCCAAUGAGCUAGAUGACUUGAGAGAAUUCGUUAAAUUUGAAAGGGCGAUUAUGAAGGCAGAAGGAUCAUCAAAGAACAAGACGAGCGGAAAGCGAUCCAGGCACCAUGGCGACUACGAAGGAGAAGAAGAAGAUGAUGAUGAUAACGAUGAUGAUGAUGAUGACGACGAUGAUGAAGACGACGACGAUGAUGAAGGUGACUUUGAUUCAGAUGCUGAUGACGACGACGACGACGAUGAUGUCAAAUAUAAAAUUGGCAAAGCUAAGAGUGAUGAUGGCAAUAAAAAGAGCAGUAAGAAGAAAAAAGAUGAUAAACCCGGUGAUAAAGACGACGACGAUGAUGAUGAUGAUGACGACGACGAUGAUGAAGAUGGUGGUGAUGGUUACGAAGAUCAAAACUACGACGACGAUCGCGCCUACUACUUUGAUGAUUAUAACGUAUUUCAAGAGGCCAGCGUUUCAGGUCAGCGUGAUAAUGAUGAUGAAAAUAAGGACGGCGAUGAUGAUGAUGAGGAGGAGGAUGAUGAUGAUGAGGACGAUGACGCGGCCGCCAGUGCUCGCUGUGGUAACGCCAACAGCAACAAAUCCAAGUUCUCAAAUGUUAAAGAGGAUGAUAACGAUGACGAUGAGGAAGACGACGACGGAGCGGGACCUGAUGAUGACGACGACGACGACGAUGAGGAUGGAUUUUUUUUGGACCAAGAUGAGUAUGAGAACAUUCUAGAGGUAGACGUUGGUCUGGGAGAGAUACUGGACAACUUGGAUAGCUAUAAGAUAGCUGCUGCCAGCAGUGCUGCUAGCAAUAGCAUCAGAAGGAAGACGAGGAACGCCACAUACAGUUAUAGUGAUAAUUACAACAACAACAGCAACAGCAAUAACAAUGAUACCAAUUCUUAUAACGUAUUUAAGAAGAAAAUCAUAAAGAAACUUGUAAAUGAUAUCAACAAGAAAAAGAACAAGAACAAUGCUGCUGGGAAAAGUAAUAGGAACGGUAAAAGUAGUAGUAAGAACGAUGAAAAUAAUUCAGUGCCUAAAAAGAAAAAUAAUAACAAUAAUAAUAAUAAGUUUUUGUUGCAAGCUGAAGGAAUGUUACCAAGGAGAAGUUCUAAUCCGACUAGAAUGUCAUUGCUGAGAUCUAUAUUCCAACAGGAGAUCAUGCUGCUCAGUUCCCAGCUGCCAAUUCCACAGCAACUUUCGCUGCUAGGUGGCCAACAGCUGCUGCCACAAACAAAGCAGACUGAUGCUGCAGCAAGCGUCGCCACCUCAACUUCAAUGUCAGCAGCAGCAGCAACAACAGGGGUGGCUGCACACAUCACGACAUCAACAAUAACAUCAAAUUCUCAACCACCACAAACGUCAUUGGUGGCUGCAUCAUCUACUACAACAACAGCAGCAACGACAGCAGCAACGACAUUAGUGUCAUCGACAACAACUGUUUCAUCAUUCAACAUUUUCAACUUACAUUCAACGACGACAUCAGUAAGUGAACGAAACAUUGGAGCCAGGCCGAAAGAAUUAAAAUCAUCGUCAUCGUACACAACGGCAGCGUCAUCAACAUCUGCAGUAGCAGCCGGCAACAAGGCGUCAUCAUCAUCAUCGAGGAGCCAGAACAAAACGAAAUCGUCGUCGAAAGCUUCAACUUCCUUCAAUCUACUCAGCAGCAGCCGCAACAGCAGCAACAAUAACAUUAGCAGUAGGUCAAGGAAUAAUAACCAACAACAACAACAACAUCUUCAUCAUCCUCAACAACAUCGCCAACACUCAUCACCAGUAUCAUUGUCAUCAUUCAAUCCGACGCAGUCGACAGUGCCACUGAUGUUGUUGCCGCCGAAAAACAGCAGCAGCGGCAACAUCGCAGAAAAACAUUCUAAGUUCGCACCGCCAAUCCCAUCAUUGUUAAGCAGGCCACCAGCUGCUAAACAAGCAACCACUGCUAAAUCGACAGCCGCUACAAGGGCUACAAAAGCGUCAAAGCAACCGCCAUCUACUACUGCUACUAGUAGUACGACUGGUACUACUGCAAGGACUGCUUCUUUGAGAAAAAAUACUACUUUAGAUUUUGCGGAAAAUUACUUGUUGAGACCACAUGAUCAACUUUCAAAUGAAGCUGCUACUACUUCUACUAUCACUACUGCUACUAUUGUCGCUAUUACCUGCAGAAGUAGUAGUAGUAUUAAUGUUAUUAACAGAAGUAAUACUAUUACUGCUACGGCCUCUCUUUCUGAUUCAGCAGAUACUAUUAGUACUUUUACUACGCUAUCUUCUUCAAUGGCUAUCAAUGUCAAUACUACACCUAACUGUGAUGUUACUGCUGCUACUUCUGCGGCUACUACUUUUACUGUUACUUCUAUUUCUGGCGCUACUACCGCUACUUCUAUCUGUGACAAAGAAAGUGUAGACGAUACUGCUAGCACUUGUCCAGAUAUUACUAAUGUCCAAGUUACUACACCUCCAAAUUCUACAACUGCUGCUGCAAGCAACGUUGAUGUGUUGACUAAUCUUAUUAAUACCAGGUUAACUAUCGAAACUGCAGCUUCUGCUGCCACUACUCUCGCUACUACUGUCGCUACUACUGUUACUUCUUCUGUUGCUGCUACCAUUACUUCUACCAUAAGUACUAAUAUUAUUAGAAGUACUACUACUACUACUAAUAAGGAAUCUGCAGAUGUUAUAAACGUUGUUGGUGUCGCUAGUAGUAGUAACGUUACUAAUACUGCUCAGGCCACAGCUAGUUGUACUACUGCUGCUGCUGCAGCUACUACUCAUGACGCAAGUAUCAUCAGUGUUAGUAAUACUAACACUACUAAUAACAGCAGCAAUCCUAGGCCCUUAUCUCAACAACAACACCAUCACCAGCAUCAUCAUCAGCAGCAACAGCCACAUCUUGUUAUCUCAAGCAGAGCCGCAACGACGCCAGCUGCUAAGAGCCACAAAAAUAAAAUCGCUGUCACUAAAUCGAACAGAUUACAGCAACAACAACAUCAACACGGAGCUAGCAAUUACAUUAAUAGUAUCUCGAUAACUAGUGCUGCAGCUUUUACUGCUACUUCCACUGCUACAAAUACUACUCCUACUACUAACACUACUGCUGCUACUACUGCUGCUUCUACUACUGCCGUCACUUCCUCGUCAAACAGUAGUUCAAAUAGUAACAUUAAUAAAAAUGACAACAAUAAUAAUAAUAAUUCGGAUAAUAAUAAUAAACGAUCAUCAAACGCCAGUAGUAAUAAGGUUAGCAUCGUUAAGUUUGAAAGCCCGCUCACCAGGGCAAGUGGGACAAAGAAGGCCGGGAUGGACAAGCAGUGCCAAUCACCUACUGAGAAAUGCGAUCAACAUAAAAAAUUAGUGGCGACUGCAUCAGCAUCAACGGCAGCGGCAACAACGGCUUCAUCUUCACAAUCUUCAGACAGAUGCAGUUCCUCCGAGAAAAAGCCUCUGAACAAGUUGAAACAUAGUUGCAAAAGAAAAUUAAGUAAGGAAGCUGAUGCUGCUAAAAAAGAUGACAGUGUUGACAGAGAGAACAAAUUAAGCAGCAGCAGCAGAUCCAAAAAGGAAAGAAACAACUCAGAGGUCGGCCCGCUAAUUGGCAGCCGUGGUGGUUACGACCACAACGACGACGACAAUGACGAUCGAAAUAAUGAUAACGGUGAUGAUAAGGAUCAACGUGGAGAUGAUUAUGAUGAUAAUGGUGGCAAGGACGAUGAUUAUUAUGCCGCUUUGUUGUGGAUAAGCCGCAACUACAAAAACCACAACAACCACAACUACAAAAACAUCCACAACAGCGAACACUUGGGCGAUUUCAGGCGACGCAAUCCACGCGUUGCCUCAGAGGCGGCUAAGCAGGCUCUAGAAAGAAGAUGGAAGAAAUUGAAGAAGAGAGACAAAGCUGAUUACUUGAGUAGGGCACACAACAACAGUUGCACAGUUUACGGAUAUACAAAAGACACCAAGAAGUCAAAAACAGCUUCAAACAAAAGCACCCUCAGCACAAAAACUUUGUUAGAUUCGCAGGAAAAAAUUAAGCACCACAUCAUGAAAAUGACGAGAAACAAAGUUUCCUGUGCUGAUUGUUACGCCAGGAUGAAAUCUGCGAUUACUGAAGAGUUUAACAGUCAAUGGAAGUUAUGUUGUGAUGACGUCAGAGAGCAGCAGCAGCAACUGCAGCAACUACAACAACUACCACAACAACAAACGCAACAACUACAGUUAUUGCAGCAACUACAUCAAGAUUAUUUCAAUAAAGCUCAAUGUGACAACUGUAUCGACUUCAACACUACCACCAAUAACAAUUUUGACAGCAACAACUUUAAUAGUCGUGAUAUCAGCAGCGGCAACAACAACAACAGCAACAACGACAACGACAUUAAUAAUCCCAACAUAUUCAACAACAACAAUUCAGACGACAAGAAACACCUUCGGAAAGUUGGCACAGAUGGUGCUAGCAGAGUGUUAAGCCAUUUAAAUCAAUUGAUUGAUAGCUUGAAAUCCGACAGACUCAUUAACUGUCAUUGUCUUAAUGACAUCAAGAACAUCAACAAAAAAAACAACAGCAACACCAACUACAACAACAACAACAAAAUUAACGAAAAUCCCGACAAUAAUAUAUUAAAUAGUCUUAAGAAGACCAACGUCACUACAGAUGUUAAUGUUUCUAGCAAUUACAUUAACAACGACGCAGAAGGCAAAAGUAAUGUUAACAGCAUCGUAAGUUUCGUCCAUCUGAAUGACAAUGACAUCAAUCGCGACAACAUCAACAAAAAAAACAUCAACAACAUCAUGGUUGACAACAGCAAUAUUGCUAUUAACAACUACAACAACGACUGCAGUCAAACUGCAUAUCAGACAGCCAGAAAUGAACUGAAAGAGGCACCGAAUCUUGACGAUAUAUCGAUAAUACUCGGUAUCAUAACCGACGAUCCGAACUCGUAUUAUAGUAAUCAGUCAAUCAUCAACAAAUCUAAAAUUCAAAACAACAACGAUGACAACAACAAAAUCAGCAACAACAUCAACAACACCAAAAACAACAACAACAUCAACGACAUUAACAACAACAGCAACAACAACAACAGUUUGGAUGAAAAGGAAGCCAUAACAAAUAUAAAAUCAUACCUCGAGACAUCCACCCACCUACUCGAACACGAUCAGACCUACAGAGCCAAUUAUCUGAAUGAAUGUAAGCAUCUCGUCGAGGUGUUCUGCGCGCUAGGUGGCCCAGUUUACAAAAAUAAAAACGUCAUUAAAAACAUCACUAGCUGUAACACUAACUAUAACAACAUCAACAACAACAUCAACAACAACAACAACAUCAUCAACAACAACGUCAACAAUAACAUCAACAAUAACGUUAAUUUUACCAACGACAAUAAUACCAACAACAACAACAAAACGGCCCAAAACAUCAACGCAAACAUCUGGAAAACGAACAACAACUACAUCAACAACAACAUCAACAACUACAUCAACAACAGCAACAGCAAUGACAUUAAAUGCUUUGACGUUGAUGUAUCCAAACUCCAGUGCUUCAUUGAGAAUCAACGAAACGUAAACCAUCAACAAUAUAUUUGCAAUAACAACCUACCUGAAGACUUUUCGUUUUUCGUGAAAAACAACAACAUUUUUAAUAGCGAUAUCAACAAAAAUAACAUCGUCAACAACAACAUCAGCGUCGGCAACAUUAUUAACAAUGACCGCUACAAAAACAACAACAUCAACAAAACCACCAGAAUGGCACAACACCUCCACGCCAACUCCGUCAUAAUGACGUCAUCAAAUGAAGCAUACAUCAUUCAGCAACACCAGCAAUUGAGGCAACAACAUCAGCAACGAAAACAACACACACAGUUGCAACAAAAAUCACAGCAGCAACAACAACAACAUAAAAGACAUCAAAAUACAUUAUAUCAACAUCAGUUGCAUCAAUUACACAUUCAUCAACAGCAUCAACAACAACAGCAACAAUAUCAGUUACAACAACUACUACAAUUACAACAACAACAACAACAACAACAACAACAUGAACGUACACAGUCGUCCACAUCAAGCAACUUAAACAAUCACAACCAUCAAAAUACUCUGCAAACGUUCCACAACAACAACUUCCAUCUACAGCACCAUCUUCAUCCUCAUCAUCACCGCCAACAACUGCAACAGCAACAGCAGUAUCAGCAGCAGCACCAGCUACAACAGCAAUCGGCCCAUCAACGUAUUCAACCCCCGAUAUUUCUAACCAUAAAACCGCCAUCAUUACCCCCUAUAACCCCCUUGCCGCCAAGCCCCCCGCCAUCUUGUGACGUCAUCGCAAACGUGGAGUACGUCACAAACAACGGCAACAUCAACAACAACGUUGAAAUUGGCUGUGAUGGUAGUGGUGGUAACGGAAAUAGCAGUAGUUUAAUCGGCAGUAGCAGCCACACAAACUACAUGAUCGUCGACAGGUGCGACAACAACGACAGUUAUGCAUGUAGUAGUUUUUGUGGCAGUGGUUAUGUAGUUGUCGACAAAAGCUGCAAUAGUGGUAGUUACGUCUGUAGUAGUAGUAAUAGUAGUAGUAGUAGUGGUGAUAGUGGUAGUAGUGGUGGUGGGGGUAGUAGUACACUUGGCGUUAGCCAGAGUAGUAAACUUGCCGAUACUAAUGUGAAUGAUACUGACAGAAGUUUUGAUAACGAUCACGAGUUCGAAAAUGAUGAUGAUGAUGUCAUGAAUGUAGAUAAGAUAGUUAUGCCAGAUUAUACUGAAGAAGUUACUACAACUUCUACUGCUGUUACUACAGCUGCUUCUGCUACAACUACGACUACUACUACUGCUAUUACUACCUAUUCUAGUAACACUACUACCAUAACUACUAAUAAAAUUCACAUUACUGAAUAA